AUGGAGAGGAUGGAUGUGGACGCGCUCUGUGGCCUGCUGCGGUGCGGGCGGCGUGAGGUGUGUCUCCUGCAGGACCGCUUCACCGCUGUCCCGUCAACAAGGCUGAGGUCACACGAGACGGACGAACAGACCGACUCAGCGCCCCGUACACUGCACAGACCGACUCAGCGCCCCGUACACUACAGACCGACUCAGCGCCCCGUACACUACAGACCGACCAGCGCCCGUACACUACAGACCGACUCAGCGCCCCGUACACUACAGACCGACUCAGCGCCCCGUACACUACAGACCGACUCAGCGGCCCGUACACUACAGACCGACUCAGCGCCCCGUACACUACAGACCGACUCAGCGCCCCUGCACACUAGACCGACUCAGCGCCCCGUACACUACAGACCGACUCAGCGCCCGUACACUACAGACCGACUCAGCGCCCCGUACACUACAGACCGACUCAGCGCCCCGUACACUACAGACCGACUCAGCCGUACACAGACACAGCGCCCCCACAGACCGACUCAGCGCCCUCACAACAGACCGACUCAGCGCCCCGUACACUACAGACCGACCUCAGCGCCCCGUACACUACAGACCGACUCAGCGCCCCGUACACUGCAGACCGACUCAGCGCCCUGCACAUCAGACCGACUCAGCGCCCUGUACACUACAGACCGACUCCAGCGCCCCGUACACUACAGACCGACUGCCACCAACCGACUGCGCCCGACACCACAGACCGACCAGCCCUACCGACUCAGCGCCCAGUACACUACAGACCGACUCAGCGCCCCGUACACUACAGACCGCAUCAGCCCCGUACACUACAGACCGACUCAGCGCCCCGUACACUACAGACCGACUCAGCGCCCCGUACACUACAGACCGACCAGCGCCCGCAAUACCAGACCGACUCAGCGCCCCGUACACCACACAGACGACCGCCCUGCACACUACACCAACUCAGCGCCCCGUACACUACAGACCGACCCGCCGCCGCACACUACAGACCGACUCAGCGCCCCGUACACUACAGACCGACUCAGCGCCCAGUACACUAAGACCGACUCAGCAGCCCCGUACACUAACAGACCGACUCAGCGCCCCGUACACUACAGACCGACUCAGCGCCCGUACACUACAGACCGACCCAGCGCCCAUACACUACAGACCGACUCAGCGCCCUGUACACUGCAGACCGACUCAGCGCCCAGUACACUACAGACCGACUCAGCGCCCAGUACACUACAGACCGACUCGCCCCGCACACUGGACCGACUCAGCGCCCCGUACACUACAGACCGACUCAGCGCCCUGUACACUACAGACCGACUCAGCGCCCGUACACUACAGACCGACUCAGCGCCCUGUACACUACAGACCGACUCAGCGCCCCGUACACUACAGACCACUCAGCCGCACAACAACACAGCGCCCGUACACAGACGACUCAGCGCCCACUACAAACCCACAUCAGACCACUCACGCCCGACACUACAGACCGACUCAGCGCCCGUACACUACAGACCGACCCAGCGCCCCGAUUCUCUCGACCCCCAGGCAUUCUCAUCUCUCAGACACAUUCUCUCGACCCCCAGGCAUUCUCUCGACCCCCAGACAUUCUCUCGCAGGCAUUCUCGACCCCCAGGCAUUCUCGACCCCAGACAUUUCUCGACCCCAGGCAUUCUCUCGACCCCAGACAUUCUCUCGACCCCAGGCAUUUCGACCCCAGACAUUCUACCCCCAGGCAUUUUCGACUCCAGAGUUCUUUGA